AUGGUUCAACCACAAGCCGCCACAAUGCCGCCAGCCGCAGAACCAGCACCGAAGGCCACCCUCUUCACGAUCCCACAAGAACUUCGCGACCUGAUCUACGAGUACACAUUCGCCGACGACCAUGUCAACAUCCCCGAGACCUUCUCUCGCUCCGACUCGAAACCAAAGCACGCCGCACUGCUCGCUACUUGCAAGCAAAUCCAUCGCGAAGCAUCACCCUACUACUUCAAGCUUACCACUUUCUACAUCGACCAGAGCAAAGCAAGCACGGCCUGGUAUGGUGGACUUUCCUUCGCCAACAGACGCAAGAUUCGACACUUGCGCUGCAUAACCCCAUACGCGCGCGACACAGUACUUGCGCAUGACAUUUUCGUUCAUUCUGCUCAAGAGAAGGCGGAGCGUACUAUGGAGUCGGCGGGGCUGAAUGCACACUAUGCAUUGUGUCGUACAGCACAGGCUUUCAUUGCGGCUCGGUGUCCGCUGAGGACGAGAUUCUCUUUCAACGCCGUAGGUGUUCCAGUUGGGCAGGCGGGAUGUCCGAUCAAGAUCAGGCUGGACAUGUGGGAUGGGAAGCAGAAGUGGAGCCGCUGGACGGAGUCGCCGCUGUUCGAGCAAUGUCCGCCGUGGAAGGGAUAG